AUGACGACGUCAACCAGCAAUGCACAAGUCAACAUGGACCUCCUCACCUCCAUCACAAUAUUCCUCCAAUGUGUGACACACUUGCUUGGUGUUGUUGGAAAUGGAGUGGUCAUCUACGUAGUGGGUCUAAAAAUGAAAAAAACUGUCAACACCAUCUGGUUUCUGAACCUGGCAGGAGCCGAUUUUCUAUUUACUUUCUUCAUGAUCUUUAACAUAAUCUACACAUUCCGUAAUUUCGACUGGCCUUUUGGUGAUUUCAUGUGUAAGUUAUGCAGCCUGGUGACAGUGCUUAAUAUGUUUGCCAGCACCUUCCUUUUAGCGGCUAUUAGCGUGGACCGUUGUCUGUCCACAUGGAUGGCGGUUUGGGCCCGGACCAAACGUACGCUAUUCAAAGCAAAAAUAAGCUGCUUGGUAAUAUGGUCGGCAUCCAUCGCUUGCAGUAUUCCUUUGGUGAUUUUUCGAAAAACAAAAUUUUAUGAUUCCGUACAAAUAACCGUGUGCAUUGCUGAUUUUCCCUAUGAUCUAGCAACCUAUAAGAUUCUGGUAAUGUAUCGUUUCAUUGUGGGAUUCAUGCUCCCUUUCAUCGUAAUCUUUAGUUUGAACCUGGCAAUUGGCGUGAAAGUUCGAAGGCUACGAAGAAACAAUAAACUUAAGCCAUUUCGUAUUAUUCUAGCUGUAAUCCUCGCCUUUUUCUUCUGCUGGCUUCCCUUCUACAUACAUCAACUUAUCGACCUGCGGAUACGCGAAAUAAAUGCUACAAACCCGUCAGACGAGCUUGACAGAUUUAAGGAAGUUUUAGACGCGGUAGCGCCCCUCAUAGUUAGUCUCGCCUAUCUGAACAGCUGUCUGAAUCCAUUCUUGUAUGUGUUGAUGUGUGACGAAUUCCAGAAGAAACUAAAGCAGUCUUUGGUGAUUGUGUUUGAGAGCGCAUUUGCAGAGGAACACCUGACUCUUCUCUCACAACAAUCCCAACCCAAAAACAACUCCCAAUCUAUGCAUGGUAAAGGAACUGAAGGAACUGGGUCUUCUGAGGAUUAAUAUAAUGCACCAUGCACUAUGAUAUGUAAGGAUUUUAAGAAUAUAUUUUAUUACAUUUACGCAUUUGGCAGAUGCUUUUAUACACAGCAACUUGCAUAACAAGAAUUACAUUUUCAUUCAUAUGUUCCCUGGGAUCUAACCCAUCUUUUUGAAUUGCUAAUGCAAUGCUUUACCACUCAACAUAUUUUUUUGUGCUAUGCCAUGAUGAAACAAUGUUAAUAUUAUUUAGUGACAAAGAAAUUAGUUUUCUUAUGUACAAUGUAACAAUGUAAUAGUAGCUGUAAUUUUUUCUUAAUGCAGUUUUUUUACAAUAAAUAUAUUACUAUUAUUAUUGUGUUUUCAUGGAUCUUUUAAAACCUUGGAAUAUAAGCUAUUUUAUAAGUAAGGAAACCUUGACGACGGGACAUUGAAUUAUAAAAAAUAAUGCACACCCAAGGUGGUAAUGCGGCACGAUGCGAAUAUGUUGAUGUGAGAAGUGUAAAUAAGAUACACCAUCCUUUUAGUGGAACAUUUAUCAACUGGUAAGACAAGGUCAACAAACUAAACCUGUUAAACUAUCAUAAUUCAAUUGCACAAACCAAUGGACUUUUUGACGAAUGUCUUCAGCUAAUCUUUAGCUUCUUUGAAGUAAAGCAUAUCUAAUGAAGCACACGCAAAGACCUGAACUGGAAAUGACCUUUCUUGCCAAAUACAAAAGUUUGUUAUGCAAAACCUCAAUUUUAAGUAAGAAAUAAAACAUGAAAAAGCACCAUGUGAGGAUCAUUACACUGUACCCUUUAAAGAAUCUCUUGCCAUCUGUGAAGAUGUGAACGAUUCCUCCAAUAACCUAAUGAAGACCUUGAUGCACUUAGAAUGAACUUUUAAGUUCCUU